UUGGGUACAAAACAUGUUUUUAUGUUGUUUACUAAAAUUUAUGUUGCACACAAAGCCACCCAGCUCAGCUGAUUACACAAAUUUAACAACCCAAUGAAAGAAUCAUCCGAAACGGAAAAUAUAAAUGGAUUUCUCAACGCAAAGCAAGCACUGACUGCCCACCCCAACCGAUGGCGCAAGCUCCGCUUCAACGUCGCCUCCUUGGAUCGUCUCCUGUGUACCGGCGGCAUAAGCGCGCGUGGCGUCGUGGAAAUCUCCGGCGAUGCCGGUUCCGGCAAAACCCAGCUAGCGCUCCACCUGGCGCUGACCUGCCAACAGCAGUGCCCGGAACGGCGCGGAGUGGUCUACAUCAGCACCGAGCACCCGUUUCCGUCGAAGCGGCUUGUCCAGAUGGAACAGGCACUUCGAAAUAGUAGUGGUGUUGGCCACGAGGUUGGGAAAUAUUCCGACAACAUCUUCGUGGAACAUUUGAACAGUCCGUCCGCGCUGGAACAAUGCAUCACGGAUCGGCUUCCGGUGCUGCUGGAAAACAACCCGAUCCGUCUGCUGGUGAUCGAUCCAUCGCGGCCGUCUAUCGCGGCCGUCUACGCCGACGAGGAGGACUACGUCGAGCGGGCGGAAUCGUUCCGUCGGUUGGUCCACUCGCUGCACGCCCUCCAGGAGCGGUUCGAUUUUGUCACCGUUUGUACGAACCAGGUCCGGGCCGUGGUGGAUGAUUACGACGGCGAGGAGAAGGUCAUUCCGGCGCUAGGGCUUGCCUGGGGCAGUUUGGUGCACACCCGGAUUCAGCUGAGGCGGAUUAUGGGGACGAACCGGAGAGUCUGCCAACUGGUGUUUUGUCCGACGGCGGAACCGGCCGAGUGUUACUUUGUCAUCGCGCAGGCAGGGAUUUUGGAUGCGAAUUAGUACUACGAGAGAGAACGACAUUUUUGUUUCACAGUUUUUUAAUUGUACAUUUAAAAUAUAGAAUUUACACGUAA